AUGGCUGAUGACAUCAACGUAGAGACAGUUCGGCUACGUUACAAUUUGAGCAGGUUCAUCAAACUUCGUCCAAAGCGCGUACCAAUGAUUGUGCAACAUACGAUUCUCACAAGUGAUCUUGAAACAACACAGUUAUUAAGAUCUGCAAGUUCCAAAGCACCAUCAGCCUCCGUGUUCAGAACCACG